AUGGCUUCCUCUGGUCUCGCCGCAGUUUUCCUCAUCAUCCUCACUGUCUUCCUCCCCCCGUUGGGUGUCUUCCUCAUAACCGGCUGCUCUGUCGAGUUCCUCAUCAGCAUCCUCCUCACAAUCCUCGGCUACAUCCCUGGCUGGAUCUACGCCUUCUACAUCGAAUACAAAUACGCCAAACUCGACGCCGAAGGCGUCGCCGCGUACCCUGAGCCCAUCGUUUACCGAGCUCCGGCCACUACCGGUACUACGACUACGAGUGAGCGUAUUGCUGCGGCGCCGAACCCGCAUGUUAGGGGGAUGAGGGGGGUUGAUGCUGGUGUUCAUUUGAUGGAGUAAAGAUUGAGUUUGAUGGAUGUUGAUGAGAAGUUGCGUGGAUGGCAGUGUGUGAAGGCGUGAUGGUUAUUGAUGGAUUCUGUGAUGGGGUGUGAGUGAUAGUUCUUCUUUACCGUGUAUGCAGGGCGUUGGGCUUGAGG